AUGAUGGUUCUGCUGCCCCAACCAGAUGGUACCUUCCUUCUACAAUCUGCUACUACGGCUUCAUUCCAACCCUCUACAGACCCGGUUUCUGAACUGACCACCUUCAUCCCAACCAGUAGAAAUACUACAAUCCUCUCACCUCAUGAUAUCUCAGGCUGUGACAUUAGUAAUUACAACAGCACCAACGACAGCAUUACAGGUGUUGUGGCUGCUAGCCCUUUGUUUUCCUCUACUCAACAUGGACAGUUUUCUAUGGCCAACUCUUCCACAAGCACUUCUUUGGCAAUUCCCUUGAUGUCUACGCACUUAUCUUCUACAUCCACGCUUUCGCAGACUCAUAUCCGUUCUCCCUUAGCUACAUCUCAACCAACGCCCACUCACGUCCUGGGUUCAACCUCAGUGCCAAUACCAACCUCUAUAUCGACAUACCUCGCCACUACUCCAACGGCCUCUGUAAAAUCUCUUAAUAGCAACACACAGAUGGCUUCUGGUGAGGCUAAGCUUGGCUCCAGCAGGACAGGCUUAAUCUCUACUCGACAGCCUUCAGCUUCACGAGCCUCUCGCGGAGUAAAGACUGCCGACUCGAAGCAAACGAUGUCUAUUCUGCCUGUCGAAGUUUCAAGCUAUAGUAAACCAAAGACUAUGCUCCUGUCUCGUAUACGUUCUAUUCCACCUACUAUAUCUACCACAACUACGACCUCGUCUUAUUGUGGAACAAAUCUUUCCGGCUUUCUGCCAGCAUCGGGUGCAGCCGUUACUACGUUGGAAGAAGCCUCUCAAUUUGUGCGUCGGAUUUCUACUCCGCUAACAACAGCUUCUUCUCUCCCUGUAGCCUAUUCUGGCGGUAACAUAACCGGGUUCUCGGAAGUUGAUAUAUUGGACUCCAAAAGUAGAAACCACCUAUUUGACUCUGAGGUCACCCUCCAACCCAGUCCUCUUCUGAUAGCUGACAAAGAGAAAAUAACAGCCUCUCUUGGCUCCGGCAUUGUGAGUGGCUCAGCUCUGGGACAUUCGCUGCCCUCUGCUGCCGUUACUUGGUCGUCUAAGUAUUCGAGCGUUGGUCAGAUGAUAGGCAGACAGACACCGGCAGCCAAAAUUCACAAUCAAUCAUCAUCUUUAAUCACUACCACCACUUCAUCUACUACCUCUAGUACUCUUAAAGGAGCUUAUACAUCUCCCUCAUUCUCCAAGCCCUUUGAUUCAUCGACCUUCUGCAGUAUCUCAGAAUCUGAGAAAAUAGACACGAGUCUAAGUGACAAGACCACUAAUCCCUAUCCACUAUACACACACUCGACAGAUCGUUUCUCUAUCGACGUUGUUCCUAGAUCUGCUGCCACGGGCGAUUUCGAUACAACAUUAUCUUCUAAGGCUUCAGUUACAACGAAUGCAAAAUCACCUGCUACUAUGACUACUGCAAAUACCAUCACAUAUAGUGAAUUUUCCUCCUCACCCUCGGACCAUGCAUGCCAGACCUUCUCACCGCUUGUAUCUUCAACUGAGGGCCUGGUUCUUGGCUUUCCAAACUCUGGACCAGUUAUGCUGGCAACUGGUAUGCCUACUGUUGUCGGCUCUAUCAUUAAUGCCACUUCUAGUACUGCUUGCAAUCAUUCAAACAUUCCGAACAAGGCGAUCCUUGGGGAGGCUUCUUUUGGCCAAAUGGAUCUUUCUCUCGGAAAAAUUAAGUCAAACUUGAUACAAUCAUCGGCUGCAGAUGGAGACUACAUUGAGUGGAUGCAGUUUUCAUCUCCCGGCCAGAUUAACUUUGCUGACGCCUCUCUUAGUUCUUCUUCCUGCUCCUCUUCACUCCUCACUAGUGAACCAACCAGCGAGAAGAGCCUUUUGGCAAGCUUUUCUGCCCCUCCAUUUUCCGUCACCUCUCCAUCUUCUUCCUCUCCAUCUCCGCCUCUUUCCUUUUCCUCCAUAGCGUCCGCAUCUUCCUCUUCUCCACCCUCUUCGUCUAUCCUCGCAGCUGCCACAACUAUUGCUAUCACUUCAACAAACUCUAAAAUAACAACUUCCCUACAAUCCUUUACGGAAAAAUCAGCACCCUCUUUUCGUUCAAAUGCUGGAUCCACGGGUCAUCUGACUAGAUCACUGACUGCACCAGUACCUCAGUUCACGCAGCCACCAGAAAGACUAAUUUCAUCUUGCUUAAUGGCUCAUCAGCCGACUUUGGAUCUACAAUCUGACAGUCCGCAUUUAACUGAUGGACGGAUCUUACAGCCUGAACUGCAAAUUUCGCAGCCGGGCUUAGGACAGACCACUCUGGUAUCAGCCCCAGUUCAAACACGAAAUCAACAACAGUUUAAUCAGAGUCAGCAGCAGCACCAUUUUCAGCAAAGGAGGCCGAUCUUUGAUCCCGCUACCCAGCGUUCAGUAUCUCUGAACCUUAAUCCCUCGGAACAACAGGUCCUCAUUCUAGCUACGACUUCUGUGACGCCUACAUUAUUACCCUCGGCCAACAGUACCCUAACACCAAGCGUGGUUCUUCAUCCUCAUCUACCUACUUAUCUCACUGCCUGCGGAACUGGAAUCAAUAGUGUUGUCGCCACCAAUACUAAUAAUUCCACGAAUUUGGCUGCUAUCUAUACUUCGCCCUCCAUCAUAUCAUCCGUUUCAACACCCGUUCCAGGACUUAUGGCUAGUGCAAGUUGA